CCACACACCAACACCGCCUGCACUCUCCGCUGCAGCAUGGCGCCGCCGCCGCCCAGCUCGCCGGCGCCUGCGGCCGCGCCGUCGCCCGCCGAGCUGCUCGAGCUGCAGGCGACGGAGCUCGAGGCGCUGGCCAGCAUCCUCGGCGACGACAUGUGCGCCGCGCCCACGGCCUCGGCCUGGCACGCCAAGGACGCCGCCGCCGCGCCGCAGGAGCACGACGUGCUGCUGCGCCCGUCGACCGAGCCGCUGCGCCCGCACCUCGCCGUCGUGCUGCGCCUGCGCCUGCCGCGCCGCUACCCGCUCGUCGCGCCCAUCUUCACGCUCCCCGCCGACGCACGCACGCGCGGCAUCAGCGACGCCCAGCGCACCGAGCUCGCGGCGCUGCUGGGCCGCCGCAGCCGCGAGCUGCUCGGCGCCGAGAUGGUCUGGGAGCUCGUCGAGUGCGCCGCAGAGUGGCUCGACGCGCACAACACCGUCACGCUCGAGUCCGACGCCGUGCUGAGCCUCGAGCAGGAGCGCGACGUGCGCGCCCGCGAGGCCGCCGAGGCAUCGCGCGCCCAGGCGUCGGCCGAGUCGGAGCGCGCCGCCGCCGCCGAGGCUGAGCGCGCUCGCAAGCUGGCGCAGCUCAUCGAGGAGCAGGCAGCUCUGCGUGAGCAGGCUUUGGAGCAGGAGCGCAACCGUAAGCGCGCUGCCGCCGCUGCGGCCGCAUCGCCGGUCAAGCCGUCCGACGGCGUGCGCUCGCCGGGCGUGUCGCGCGACAGCAGCUGGGCCGAGGCGAGCGCGCCGCUUGCGGCCGGCACGGUGCGCUUCCUCGAUGCCAUUGAGUGGCACGACGGCGUUGUGCACGUAGUGCGCGUCGGCGCACUGCUGGAGCAGUCGCGUCUGUGCCGCGUGCACCUCGCCUCUCCCGUCGAGGAGCCGCACGCGGGCCAGCCAGAGCGCAGCGAGGCCGUAGCGCCCUGGCGCGUCGAGGUGUACCCCGUCGAGAGUCCGCACUACUCUCUCGUCAACGGCCGCAGGCAGCUCGAGGAGAUCGAGUGGGAGCUUGAUCGGCUGCGCGCCGUCAAGCACAGCAGCCUGCUCGAGAUCGUCGGCUGCGCGCUUGUCUACGCCGAUGCCGAGGCACCUCGAGCUGGGCCGUCUACGCUUCCGCUUGUGCCCGAUGCACCGCGCGGACGGCAGCUGCUAGUGCUCCGGCAGCCAGCGCCGGGUCCGUCUGCGGCUCAGCUGCUCGAUCUUGGCACCAGUCUGCCGUGGUCACGGGUCAGGACGCAUCUCGCUUGCCUGCUCGAGGCGCUGCUCGUGCUGCACAGCAACAACAUCAUCCAUCGCGGCAUCUCGCUGUCGCACGUCUGCCUGGGCCCGGGAGGACAGGUCAGUCUCGCUGCUGCGGGCUAUGUGCAGCGCCUCCGCGAGCUCGACGCAGCGCAUCCAUUCUGCCCCAACGCGUCUAUCGACGCCGAAGAGGGGUUGCCGACGGACUGGCUCGCCCCCGAAUGUAGCGAGAAGCGCGUCUAUUCUCGCAAGGUCGAUGUCUGGGACCUCGCAGUCGUCACUCUGCAGCUCGUGCUCGGCAGCGCCAUCAUCGGCGAGCACGAGCAGCCUGAAGAUGCGCUGGCCAGCGCAGAAGCCGCUGCAGCGCUGCCGCCACACGCUCGGCAGUUCCUGGCAGGCAUGCUCGAGCGCGCAACGAAGCGGCGGCCUCUUGCUGGAGAAGUGCUGACCCGGCUGCAGGAGGUCAUCGAGUAUGAAGACAGUUUGCAGUCCGGCAGUGCAACCCAGGCUCCCGCCCGUGCGGGCGCAGCUGCCGCCAAUGGCCGCGCCAUCGUUGCUGCGGUCGGCAAGGCACCAACCAAGCUUGGGCUGCGACAGAGCGAGGACGAGCAGGCUGCGCCGCGACCCGGCAGCUUCUGGCAGCUGCGCCACGCCACAACGCCGCGCGUCUCUGGCGGCGUGAGCCGCUAUCAGAGCGACUUUGACGAGCUGGAGCUGCUCGGCAGAGGCUCGUAUGGCUCGGUGUUCAAGAGUCGGAAUCGUCUCGAUGGGCGCGCCUACGCCAUCAAGAAGAUCAAGCUAUCGAGCUCGCAAGAGAACGACGAACGCACGCUGCGUGAGAUCACUGCGCUUUCGCGUCUCGACCACGCGCACAUUGUGCGCUACGUCACUUGCUGGAUCCAGGAGGACGAUGCAACCACGGGCAGCUCCUCGACGGACUCGAGCGAGAUGAUGUCGACGUCGCGCUCACAGCCGACAAGCGCCGACGCAUCGUUUCAUGUCGGCUUCCGCGACGAUGACUUUCUCUCCGUCGGGCACGAUGCUUUCUCGCGCGGCGCAGAUGACAUCCACUUUGGCGACGACGACGACUCGGAGUCCGACGAAGACAGCGACGAUGACGAGUCGGCCACAGACAGCUCGGACGAGAGCAGCAGUGGUGGCGGCGGUCUGCUGGCUACGCGAGCCCUGACGCCGACACUCUCCUCGCGCCGAGAGCCCAGCCGCCGGCGCAACGACCUUUCGCGCCGCCAGGCAUCUGGAGCUCGGGAAGCGGCGACACCUACGAGGCCUCGCUGGCUCUACGUGCAGAUGGAGCUGGUGGAGAACUUGACGCUGCGCGAGACAAUUGACCGCGGCAUGACGGUCGACGAGGCGUGGCGGCUCUUCAGGCAGAUCGUCGAGGCGCUCGUGCACAUCCACUCACUUGGCAUCAUCCACCGUGACCUGAAGCCAUCCAACAUCUUGAUCGAAAGCGGAGGCAGCAUCAAGAUCGGCGACUUUGGCCUCGCCACGACGGCACAGCAUGCGAAUGCCGACGGUGUGGCUGCCUAUGGAACGGCAGAGGACCUCAGCGCCAGCGCCGAUCUGACGGGUGAUGUCGGCACGAACCUCUACAUUGCCCCUGAGGUCCUUCGCACAGGCGGCAACAUCCGCUACGACGCCAAGGUCGAUCUGUACGCCGCGGGCAUCAUAUUCUUCGAGAUGCUUGCCGCCCAGCGCGUGUACCAGACGGGCAUGGAGCGUGCCGGCGUGCUGCGCCAGCUGCGUGGUGCCGACGUCUGCCUCCCAUCGGGCUGGCCAGAGGCGCAACUGGUGCAGCAGACGAAGAUCAUCCGCUGGCUGCUCGACCACGACCCUGCCAAGCGGCCGUCUCCCAUUGAGCUACUCAAGAGCGAUCUGCUGCCGGCCAAGCUGGAGGACGAAGUGCUGGCCGAGUGCAUGCGUCUGAUGGCCAAUCCGUCCAGCGCGUACAAUCACCAGCUUCUCGAGGCUCUCUUCACCCGCGAAGAGGCAGAAGACAUCCGGCUGGCGCGCGACUUUACCUUUGACGCCGGCACCGAGGACGCUGCAGGGCAAGAUCACCGUCUGGUGGGCGUCAUUUGCGACCACCUGCGGAGCAUCUUCCAGCGGCACGGCGCCGUCGAGCUCGAGACGCCGCUGCUCGUGCCGCCAAACGGUCUCUACGACGAAAAGCAUCCCGUCGAGCUGCUUGACAAGACGGGCCGCAUGGUGCAGUUGCCGUACGACUUGCUCGUGCCCUUUGCGCGCCUCGCUGCACGCACCGAGAACCAACGUCUCAAGCGCUUCGUCAUGUCGCCUGUGUAUCGCCCAAAUGUGCUCGGACAGCCGCGAUCGCUGCUUGAGAUCGACGUCGACAUCGUCUCGCCGGACGACACAAGCGCUGCCGAGGGCGAGAUGCUCGCCAUGGUCGACGAGAUUCUCGAGACUACGCCCGGCCUCGCGGCAGACGACUGGGUGGUGCUCAUCUCGCACUCCGACGUGCUCGAGCUCGCACUCGAGCGUGUGCCGCGCAAGCAUCACGCUGCCGUCGCAUCUGCUGUGGCAGGCAUCUCGAGCCGCGUUGGCGUCGGCGCCUCGCGCACUAAGCUGCUUGAACUCGGGUUGCCGCGCUCGGUCAUCGAAGAGCUCGAGGCCUUUGGCGUGUCCGGCGAUGUAGCCGAGGUGCACACGCGCCUCGAGCGCCUGGUCGCCAUCGAUCUCAGACCAAAGCUCAGCCAUGCUGUCGCUCAGCUCAACGAUGUGAUCCAGGCCGCACGUAGCUUCGGCGCCCAGAGGCGCUUCCUCUUCACGCCUCUUCUGACGCCGAACAGCUUCUAUCGAGGGGGUGUGCACUUCCAGGUCGUUCGUGCAAACAAGCGUCGAGACGUCCUGGCAUCUGGCGGCCGCUAUGACUGGCUGUUGCGCAAGUUCGCCAACCCGACUGCCUCUCGACCGAUGCCUCAUGCCGUCGGCCUUCAGCUCGCGGCCGGCCGCAUCGCCCUCGCGCUGGCACGACACCAGGAGAGCGCAGUGGCGCGCCACCGACCGGAAGAAGAACGCUCCUUUGGCCUCUGGACGCCGCGACGCUGCGAUGUCUACGUGGCUGCGAGCACCGCUGGCCUUUUGCAGCAGAGGAUGGAGCUCUGUCGCGAGCUCUGGGCUGCCGGCAUCAGUGCGGACCUGGCGUACGAGCACGCCGUGUCCGAGUCGCCCGACGUGCUGGCAGCCAUGUGCCGUGCCGAAGGCAUCCUCUACCUCGUGCUGCAGCGGUCGGAGCAUGCGCCGACGUGCAAGGUGCGCUCCAUUGUGCAGAACGACUUUGAGGAGGUUCCGCGCCAUGAACUGUGCAACUGGCUCGCGGAGCAGAUCACGAGACAGCGCAACCUCGACAUCGCAAGCUCCACUGUGCCCGUGGUGGGUCAUCGCGGGUCCAAUCACCCGUUCGCCAAUGCCGGCGCAGGCGGGUCCCACGGGCCUGGCGCCAACGCCGCGCACGCCACUCCUGGCCAGCACCACGGAAACCCCAAUGCGCUGGCCCUGAGCAACGUGCAGCUCGUGCUGCCCGAGCGCGCCCCAACCAGCGCGCGCAAGGCGGAGCGGCAGGGUAACGAGCGCCGCAUGCGCACGCAGCAUCUGCCGGCCGUGUCCAAGGCCGCCAAGCGCGUGCUGCAGCUGUCAGACGACGCGCGGGCGCUGCCGGUCGUCGCCGUCGACCUGGGCGGCGCCUCGUUCCGCAAGCUCUGUGCUGCCACGUACGCGCGCGAGCGCAUUGAAGGCGGCGAGGAGCGCGAGUAUAUCAAGCAGAUUCUCGAGCACAUCGCCGAGCUGGGCAAAUGCUGGCUCUACUCGAUCCGCGACGAGGAGGCGGCGCUCGUACACGGUUGAGCACUGUAAUCUAUUGCAUCACCGCCUC